CUCCGUUAAAAAUCUUUCAAUGUAGAUGGUUGUUCGCAAUGGAUUUCCACUGUAAGUUGACGUCGACAAAUGUGAAUUACCACAUCAAAAAUGUGUAUUAACGUAUAAGUCUCGCUUCCGUGAUCGAUCUGUUUGGCCGCGAGUACCCUUACUUACCUAGUGGUCGAACGAACAUCCGAAUAUGGAGGAGCUGGCGUGCGUUCGGUGCAUGAGCUCCAAAUUUCGGAAUCCAAACCUCGUGUUCAGUUUCAACGUUUGCGGACAUACCAUGUGCGCCAAUUGCAUCGAAGUAGCGUUCAUGAAAGGUGAAUAUUCUAUAAAUUCGUGUUAAUUGUUCGUAGGUACUUGUGGUGAAAUAAAAAUCAUUCCCGGGUAUUGACUUAAAAUGUAGGUAUAUAGAUAGAUGGUUGGAAUAAACAUGGAAAUAUUGAUCUGCAGGUUAUAUCAUGAUAGCAUCUAAAUAAAAUGUUGCGUAUUUAAAUAAAGAUAAUUAAUUACCUACCGAAUAUAUUUCAAAAUUUGACAAUCUUUAGCUACAUACACAGGUAUUCUAUGCUUUAUGUAUUAUGAAAACCAAUGUGAUUUCACUAAUCAUAAUAGUUGUUAACACAUAAUAAUUUGAGAAAAUUUCCUUGCUGGGCUAUUCGAUUACAUUUUAGAUUCCCCACUGAUAAAGGUAUUUUGAAUCAUCUACGAUCACUUACGUCAAUUCAAAGGCAAUAUUAUGUUUUAUACUUUUGAUAAUAUAUGCUCAAAGCUAUGCCUAUAUUAAAAACUGUCAUAUGAUCGCUGGAAUUCCUUUAUUAUUUACAUGCAUUACCAAUUUGCCCUACAUAAAUUUUAACCAGUAUUAUUAUUACUUUGGUGCUUGUAUAUUACAAAUUAAGAGAAAAUGUCUAUGAUUUUAUGUCUGAACAAAAAGCUAACAUAAUAGAUAUUUAAACAACUUGUAUUUAUUAAAUAGAUAGGAAAUUAAAGUGGAAAAAUAAUUGGCUAUUCGAAGACAAAGUUAUUUUUGAACUUCAUAACUUCUGUUCAAAUCUAUGCCUAAAUUAAUACAACACAACGGUCGCAUAAAGGUUUUUACCAUUUUAUUGCAUUACCAAUGUGUUUUACAUCAUAUUUUUUAUGCAUGUUUUACAAUAACUGCAACUCAACGAUAACACGUCUUGUGGUAUUUUUUCAAAUAUUAGUUUUCAAAACUAGCGUAUAUAAUGUGCUGUAAAAUUCCUAAGGGGUUUUUUUUUCUAUGUAUAAUAUAAAAUACAUCUGCUCACACUAAAUAGUGGUACAUCAAAUAAACGUACUUAGCUAAUCUUACUAUUUAUUUGAAAAAACCCACGCAUUUUGUUUUCUAUCCUAGAUUGAAGACCAAGAUCUGGGGACCUGUAUCAAUGGUAAUAAUGACUGGUCCAUAGAAUUAAAUAGCCGAAUCAUCAAGGCAGAAAAUGCAUCUUUUUCAUUAUCCAAAUACCUUAAAUCUAAACUGUUUUCUAGAAGAACCAGAGUAUACCAUUACAAGGUGAUAGUUAUAUCGACACUAACAUAUGGACGUGAGGUAUGGCCGUUAACAAGCAGAAUGGAACAAAAACUUAUGUUGUUCGAAAAUAAAAUACUGAAAAUCAUCUGCGGUCCAAUAUACCACAACGACCUGGGAUGCCGAUGCAGAAGAAUCAACAAAGACACCCGAGAAUUGACAGGAGUACUAAGGAUAACCAACUUUAUAAAAGCACAAAGAAUAAAAUGGUUUGGGCACAUGAUGAGAAGGUCUAACUCAGAGUACCUUAAAAUGGUGGUCGUAUGGAAACCUACAGGGAAGAGACCAAGAGGACAUCCAAAGUAGCGAUGAAUAAAUGGAAUAAAACAGGACUUAAAGAAACUAGUGAUACCAAAUUGGUAAGAAAAAGUGAAAAAGUACAGAAUUGAGAAGAGUGAAAGGAGGUGUCGGGGGCGGCAAAACCUCUUGAAGAGUUGUGAUGUCAAUGAAGAAGAAGAAGAUUGAAGACCCCUGGUUUGAGACAAAACUGCCACGAGGUGCGGCAGCGUCAAGUCUCAGUUCUUGUAAAACGGACUAUGGUAGUUUUUAUGCAUACCAAUUUGUAUUCAAAUACAUCUAUAUUAUCAAAUAUGGCUAUUCGAAGACAAAGUUAUUUUUGAACUUCAUAACUUCUGUUCAAAUCUAUGCCUAAAUUAAUACAACACAACGGUCGCAUAAAGGUUUUUACCAUUUUAUUGCAUUACCAAUGUGUUUUACAUCAUAUUUUCUUUAGUCAAAUGUAUUACUAGUAGUUUUUAUGCAUACCAAACUGUAUUCAAAUACUUCUAUAUUAUCAAAUAUGGCUAUUCGAAGACAAAGUUAUUUUUGAACUUCAUAACUUCUGUUCAAAUCUAUGCCUAAAUUAAUACAACACAACGGUCGCAUAAAGGUUUUUACCAUUUUAUUGCAUUACCAAUGUGUUUUACAUCAUAUUUUCUUUAGUCAAAUGUAUUACUAGUAGUUUUUAUGCAUACCAAUUUGUAUUCAAAUACUUCUAUAUUAUCAAAUAUGGCUAUUCGAAGACAAAGUUAUUUUUGAACUUCUUAACUUCUGUUCAAAUCUAUGCCUAAAUUAAUACAACACAACGGUCGCAUAAAUGUUUUUACCAUUUUAUUGCAUUACCAAUCUGUUUAACAUUUUUUUUAUUAUUAUAAUUAUUUAGUAUAUAUAUUGGUAUUUUCUUGAGUUGUUAGGAUUGAAGUAUUUAAUAAAUAAUGAAACUUAUAAAAAUAAUUAUUUUUGGUGUGUACAUUAAAUAAUUUAAAAAUAUUUUGAAUAAAAACCAACCCAGACAUCUAUUUCAAUAUUGACCUCUUUAAAAUACCAUCUGUAUCGUAAUAUCUGUCUAUAAAUAUCUAUACACAAAUACAACACAACACUGUUGAAAAAAAUACAAUCAAUACAUCACUAGCAUCAUCAUUUAGGUAGAUAGCAGGUACUUUGUUAGUUUAAAUUUCAAAGUUGAACUUAAUCUUAAUUUAGAAAAUAAUUCAGUAGCUAUAUAAACAAUAAAUUAUAUUUUGGUGGAAGGCGAGUUCUUUUUUUGAUGGAAUGGUAACAGAUGUUUAAUUUUUUGUCUAAAUUAUAAAAUAUUUCCAUAGGUACCUAACAGAUUUUAUAGUAAAACAAUAAAAUAGUCAAAACGUUGCCAAAAGUUAUUUUAAAACCAUCAUGUUGAUCAUUUAUAAAACACAGCAAGCAUUUUAUUACUUAACCUAUUUACCAUGUUACAAAACACAAUUCUUUAAAGUAUAGUUAAGAAUAAAAAUACAUAUUAAUAAUAAUUAAUAAUAUUAUGUUAAACAAAUUUUUAAUAAUUUUAUUUAUAAUUGCAGGUUCUGGACCUUGUCCAAAAUGUCUACUUCCUCUGCGCCGUAAUGGUUUUAAACUUCAGCAGUUUGAAGACGCUUCAGUUGAUGUCGAAGUAGAAACACGAAAACGAAUAUUACAAGACUUCAAUAAGAAUGAAGAUGAUUUUGAGACUUUGGAUGAAUAUAACGAUUAUUUAGUAGAAAUCGAAGAUAUUAUUUAUAAUUUAGUUAAAAACAUCAAUGUAAUCGAAACAAAAGAGCGUAUCGAGCAAUACAAAAGGGAAAAUAAAGAUAUAAUUAUGAAAAAUAGAAUGAAAUGUAAACGUGAUGAACAAGCAUUAGAAGAAUUGAUUGAAGAAGAACUUAUGCAUACACAAUAUAAAAGAGAUGAAGUUUUAAGAGAUGAAGCUGAACAAAGAAAUAAAAAAAUGCGUGUAGAUGCUGAAUUGAUCGAUAGUUUAGCACGUUCGAAUUCUGAUGCUAGGGAUAUUGUUAAUACGUAUGCACAUAAAAAAGAAGAAAUCCCUGUUGUAAAAUCAAAACCAGUUUCCAAACAACCGAUAAACUUUACAAAGUUUUCAACUGGUGUCAAAUACAAUCAAUCUACUAUGUCGAUUCCAAUAAAAGAAGGUCCAUUAUUCAAAUAUGAAUCAGUUUCUCAUGAACUUAAUGGUCCUUUGUGCCCGGAUAUUUCACAUUUGGAAUCUUUAGGAUACAUGAAAUACAUCCGAGGAGAGACUACUCAAGAACUCGCAGGUGGAUUUUUAAUAAAAACAUCAUGCUUGCAUUAUGUACAAGAGUGUGUUUCGGCAUUAUAUGAAAGAAAGACUGGUAAAGUAUGAAAAAUAUAUUUAAAUUCCCAUACUUUUAUGUGUGUAUCCAUUAUCAAAAUGUUAAAAUUUUAUUUUUUUAAUUAUUUUUAAGUUAAUAUUGAAUAUGUCAUGACCUACCUAAUUUAUAUGUGU